CACCCACUGCCCUGCCCCAUGGAAAGGGGUCAUGACAUAGGCCAGAGGGUGCCCUGCCCUUUAUCCAAAAUUCAGGCAGUCAAGCUUCUUUUACAAUAUGGUGCUAACCCUCAUAACAAAAAUGUUUUUGGAAUGAGUGCCUUGGACUCCGUUUCUGACGGAAGUAUGAAAGAACUGCUUUUAACUUCUUAUCAAUCUUCUGUAGUCUCUGAUAAGAAGUCUCCUCAAUCAGUAACAGAGCCCAAAAAGAGAAGAAAGCCCAAUGUCAAAUGUUUCUGUUGUGAAACUGAAGAAAAAUCCAGUGCUGUUCUGUGUAAAAAGAAUGGGAAGAACCCCAGCAAUGCUAAAUCCAUUACUGCACUCCUGGAUGACUUGGAAAAAAAGCUAAAUGAAAUAUCACACAGGGAACUAAAGCAAGUAGAUGAUGCAGGUGAAGGGUUUAACACUUUAGCUAAAUUUGAGAAAGCAUUUUCACACAUUCAGGCAACGCUUAAUGAAGUUCUUAUCAAGCAAAAAGCAGAAAAGGAUGAUCUUGCCAAAAAGCACAGAGUAACAUCAGAUUCUUCCAGGCAAAGGAUUUUAAAAGACCAACUAACUUCCCUGGCCUCCAGACAGAAAAGGCUUCUGGAAAUCCUACAGAAACAUCAGGGCCUUAAACAGAGUAUGGAAACUGAAAAAAACAGCCUUUUGACACAGCAGGACACGCAGCAGAGGAAGAAAAGCAGCUCAUGGACAGAAAUAAACUUCUGCACAAACACAACAGAACAGCAAGAGAUUGUAUCUCUGGGUGGAGACUCAGAGGAAACUCCCUCUACAAACUCCCCACCCUGUCGGGAUGUGCACACCAAACAUGACCUCAAUUAUCCACCUCCUGGUGCCUCAGAAACCAAACCAGCUGGUACAACUGCUCCAACACAUAUUCUCUUUCUUUGUGACGGUGCCACUGGAAAUGCUAAUAAGACAUCCAUCUUGCCGGGCAUGGCAUCAGCCCAUGGUCACCCUCGGACUUCUGGAGGGUCUGUCGUUUUUUUAAUGCAGUCUCAGAACUGUGUCCCCACCCAGGAUUCUCUGACGUUACCAUCGAAACAACAUGAUAAGGAGAGGGCACAAGGCACCAGACCAAAAAACAUAGGUCCUUGCAAUUCACAGAUGGCUUUACAAGUGUCUCCUGAUUUGCCACCGACCAAUUCGUCUACUUUAAAGGUCAAGAAAGGCACAGGAGCUCAAGGGGGCGUGACUAAGAUAUAUUCAAGCAAAGGCAAUGAUUCAGUGAAGCUUCCAUUAACCCAAAGUCAGCAAACCACCACUCCAUCUUUUACUAGGGUCACUCAGACGAGUGUUUCAAAGCCAGAAGUUAAGAAUGCACGGCUUCAACAAGAAGGCACUAAAGACUGUAAUGAAAGGAGCCAGUUUAUUAGACUCAUCCAAUGUGGAGUCAUUAAGCCUGGAGAAGAUGUGUUACAGGUUAAACUUAAGGGUUCAUGUUAUAAGGCUUCCCUGAAACAUGAUGCCAGCAUUAAUGAUGGGAAGGGACGCAUCUUUCACAAUCCAACACAGUGGAUUGGAGCAAUUCUGGGGAGCGGUACUCCUGUCAACUCGUCGUUUACAUGGAAUAUGGUAACAUACAAGGCAAACACAUUAGCAAGUUAUUUGAAUAAACUUGAUCCAACAGAAAAGGGCUCUGGGGUAUCACACCCUAAUUUCAUCCCCCCUCCGUCCCCUAAUGGGGCCUCCAGAGAAACAACAUUGCAGGCCAAAAUCAACAGUAUCAUGGAACUCAACAGGAUACUUUUAAUAAGUAAUGAUGAAUUCAUGCCCUGCCGCAUUAUGGACCAUCACUGGAAUAUUGUUUCAGAAUCUGAUGACUGGGCAUCCUAAAAUCUUGUCUUGGGACGCCUAGUUGGCAGCUUGUUUAAGUUUUUCAGUUUAGAACAGUGUAAGGGCUUUGUUCACAUCAACAUGUUUUACAUUACUGUAGUUUCAAGUAUGAAUCAACAUGAGAUGCAUUUGAUAUCGUAUUUCAUUGAAUAUUGUUUCAAUUAACUAUAACGUCUAAAAAAGCCAAAAUGUUUUUUGUAUUUAAUUUUUCCAUAUGCUGGCAGUUUUUGGAUGUACUUUGUUAGAUAAUAUUGUGUAAUUUCGUGUUGUGUUCCCGUUUACUUUCAAAAUAUUUUAA